AUACAUCUCUUUGCUGCAUUUUCUCUCUAAACGAAAAACCAAAUCCAUAGUACUGUAAUAUUAUAACCAAAAGGCAAAGCUUUUUGUUGGGAAACUGCAACAAUCACCAUGGGAAGAUCACCUUGCUGUGACAAAAAUGGGCUAAAGAAAGGGCCAUGGACGCAAGAGGAGGAUCAGAAGUUGAUUGAUUAUAUUCAAAAUCAUGGGUAUGGGAAUUGGAGAACUCUGCCAAAGAAUGCCGGUCUUCAAAGAUGCGGAAAGAGUUGUCGUCUUCGAUGGACUAAUUACUUGAGGCCUGAUAUCAAGAGAGGCAAAUUUUCUUUCGAAGAAGAAGAGACAAUCAUUCAACUACACAGUAUAUCGGGCAAUAAGUGGUCUGCCAUUGCCGCUCGGUUGCCCGGAAGAACAGACAAUGAAAUAAAAAACUAUUGGAACACUCACAUCAGAAAGAGGCUUCUACGGAUGGGGAUCGAUCCGGUCACUCAUAGUCCUCGACUGGAUCUCCUUGACCUCUCCUCGAUUCUAAGCUCGUCUCUUUACCACCAGUCCCCAAUGAACAUUUCAAGGCUACUCGGAGUCAAUUCCUUGGUUAACCCUGAGCUUCUAAAGCUUGCCACUUCUUUCAUGUCAUCGAAGCUUUGCAGUUCCCAAGUCCAAAAUCAACACCAACCAUUAAUGCAAUCGAACCAUGAUCUGCCAACGCAAGUCCAACAAUUCCCAACUUGCACCACUUUUAAUACUUGUCCUUGUAGUAUUAAUCCAUUUUCCAAUGAAGCACAACUCGUGAAUAUGGACCCAUUCCCAUCAAAUUUCUCGGACUUAAAUGACUUGCAAGGCGAUGAGUUGCCUUCAAAUUUGAGGGAAGAUUACGUGCCGGUACCGCCAAAGUAUGACUAUUACGGCUCUAAUCAAUAUCAGCAAACCGUCAUGGAUCCUUCAUUAUCAGAGACCUCGAAUUUCCAUUCCAACAACAGCAUCCUGAGUUUCGGCUUCGCGUCGGUUUUAUCGACGCCUUCAUCAAGUCCAACUCCACUGAAUUCGAAUUCAACUUGCAACAACGGUAGCGGAACUGAAGACGAAAGAGACAGCUACUGCAUCAACCUUUUGAAGUUUGAAAUCCCAGAUUUUUUGGAUGUUAAUGAUUUCAUGUAGUUCCAAAAUCAAAAA